CGAGGGCAGACUCAGGGGAAGCAUGUCCGUGGCUGUGCAGCAUCAGAGUCCCCAGAGGAGAUAGCAGCAUGCAGAACCCCCUCUCCUCUUCCCUUUCUGCUUAGACAUCACCGGCAAGGCAACUGCAGAAGCAGACACUCACUGGCUCUUUCCACUCCUCCGCAGGCUGUUCCUGUCAAAGCUGUCCCAACAAGCUUCCAAGGGAUGGCUGCUGAUGUUCACAAGAAGGAUGGAGAUGUGCCCAAUGGCUCAUUGGUCCCAUGCGACAGAAAGCAUGCUGAGAGGUCAGAGAGUCCUACCCCAGGUCUCACUCAGGGAACAGAACCAGGGGCAGGCCAGGAGGGAGCCAUGUUUGUUCAUGCCAAGUCCUAUGAAGACCUGACCAGCACCGAGAAUCAGGAUGCAGCUCCCCAGAGCCCGGAGGAAAGCGAAGAGCGCCAAGGUGAGCAGGCAAAGAUGGAGGAGAUCAGCAAGGACUUCAGUGAACUGAGCACCCAGCUUACUGGCAUAGCCCUGGAUUUGGAAGAAGAGAUAAGGCACAGCAAAGAAGACAAGUUGGAGCUCUCGCCGCAGGCCUCACGCCGAGACUCUGUGCUGUCCGGGAAGGAGGAAGAAGACGUGACCAUGGAUGCCUGGCGCAUGCACCAGAAGCAUGUCUUUGUUCUGAGUGAGGCAGGCAAGCCGGUGUAUUCCCGCUAUGGGUCUGAAGAGGCACUGUCCAGCAUCAUGGGGGUGAUGAUGGCUCUCGUGUCCUUCCUUGAAGCACAGAAGAAUUCCAUUAGGUCUAUUCAUGCAGAUGGGUACAAGGUGGUGUUUGUGCGCAGGAGCCCCCUGGUGCUGGUUGCUGUGGCUCAGACACGGCAGUCAGAACAAGAAAUUGCUCAGGAGCUCCUUUAUAUCUACUACCAGAUCCUCAGUCUCUUGACGUGGACCCAGCUCAGCCAUAUCUUCCAGCAGAAGCAGAACUAUGACCUGAGGAGACUGCUGGCAGGCUCCGAGCGCAUCACAGACAACUUGCUAGACCUGAUGGCAAGGGACCCAAGCUUUCUGAUGGGGGCUGCACGUUGCCUCCCCAUGGAUGCUGCAGUCAGGGAUGCCGUGAGCUCCUGCCUCCAGCAAGCCAAAGCUAAAAGCCUGGUCUUCUCCAUCCUCUUAUCCAAGAACCAGCUGGUAUCUCUGGUGAGAAAAAAGGACCAGUUCCUGCAUCCGAUUGACCUCCACCUACUCUUCAACCUCAUCAGUUCAUCCUCCUCAUUUAGAGAAGGAGAAGCCUGGACUCCCAUCUGCCUGCCCAAGUUCAAUUCCAGCGGUUUCUUCCACGCUCACAUUUCCUACUUGGCGCAGGACACGGACUUGUGUCUCCUUCUGAUCUCCACUGACCGUGAGGACUUCUUCACAGUGUCUGACUGCAAGCGCAGGUUCCAGGAACGGCUGAAGAAGCGCGGUGUUUAUCAUGUCCUUGUGGAGGCGCUGUGCACUCCUUUCUACACUGUCUCCCAGGUGGGAAUCCCAGACCUCCGACACUUCAUCUACAAAUCUAAGAGCUCAGGACUCUUCACCAGCCCAGAGAUUGAUGCUCCCUACAUCACUGAGGAGGAAAAAGAGAGACUUCUGGGAUUGUAUCAGUACUUACACAGCCGGGCCCAUAAUUCUUCCCGUCCUCUGAGCUACAUCUAUUACACUGGAUCUAAUGAAAAUCUCCUGGCUUGGGUAACUAGUGCCUUUGAGCUCUACGUGUGCUUCAGCCCCCUGGGAACCAAAGCAGCAGCUGUCAUCGCUGUCAACAAACUUAUGAGGUGGAUCCGCAAGGAAGAAGACCGGCUCUUUAUAUUAACACCCCAGACUUACUGACUGCUGCGGCCUGUGUCGUCUGCCUGGGGUUCCUCAGUGCCAGUGAAUGCCCAAAGGGACGUCCUCUCGCCUCUGGGGAGACUAGACCCUCUCUCCGAGAUUCCUUCCCCAAGCAGAAAUGGGAGGAGGAGGAGAAAAGGUGGGUCUGAGGAGAACAGAGUUUUGUGCCUACAGGGAGCAUCUGGGAAGGAGACUUGCAUUUCAGUUUGUACUACAUUUUAAACAUUAACUCUGCUGCAUCUGGAACUGAAACAUGGAUCCUCCUGGCUUUCAUCCAUGUGAUUGCUACCCAAGAUGCUCUUCAUCCCCAACAUAGAAUGUAACUUCUGCCACUUUUUUUUUAGAUUGUCUUAAACCAAAUCUUGUCCACAUCUCCCGAGUGUGUUUUCCCCUCCUCUCCUAACAAACUUCUCUUGGGAGAAGCUCAGGCAAUUGUUUCCCUGUAUUGUUGCCCAAGCCAAUGCAUCAAGGAGUCCAGUGUACUUCAUUGCCCGUGGGUUCCCUAAUCUUUAAUGACUUCCCAAAUGUCCUCUGUGUCACGCUGCCUUGCACCUCAAGCAGCGGGUCAUCAAAGGAGCAUGUACUGGGGAGCAGAGAGAGCAUUUUAUGAACAGUCUAGCUCCCUGCUGCACACUUCCCUUUGGAAUCGGCUUAGGUCACUGAUUCCUUCUAAUUUUUAUGCAAGUUCCUAGUUUGCAAAGCUCUGAUGUAUCCACAUCUCUGCUAUUGUACUCCACAUGCUGCCCAUACAGAGAGGGGCAUAGGAAGGGGUGUGUGGUGGGGGCAGUCCGCCCCAGGUGUCAUCCCCUCGGGCGGAUCGCGCCAACCCCGGGUGCACGGCAUGUGUGCCGCUCUGGGUGCCCGAUAGACUUUUCUUUGUUAGAUUACUCAUAAUUUCAACCCCAAAGGAAAGCUGCAGGUUCAAGUAUAGGUGUGGAUAAUGCAAGACUCUUUUAAUUGUUUAACAAUUGUUUAGACUGAUCACUUUCAGACUGAGGACAUACCAGAA